CCACCUCCGUCUAACACCUCUUGCCUCCUGCUGCACAUCUUCUCUUUUCUGUGAUAGCUUUGCCUGCACGCUGCAUCAUGAUGCAUGUGGACUGCAUCUGGGGUCUCUGCUUGUUGCUGUCUCUGAGUUUAGGAUGGACGAAGGCUCAGCAGACCAAUUACACCAGGCCUGUGUUCUAUUGUGGAGGAGACAUGGUGGCGGACUCAGGCUUUAUUGGCAGUGAGGGUUUCCCGAGCUUUUACAAACCCAACAGCAAAUGCACCUGGCGAAUCACUGUCCCAGAGGGAAGUGUCGUCACACUCUCCUUCCGCAUUUUUGACCUGGAGGCUGACUCACAAUGUCGAUACGACUAUCUGGAUGUUUACAAUGGCCAUUCCAACUUGGUGCAGAAACUUGGUCGCUUUUGUGGAACUUUCCGGCCGGGUACUCUUAUUUCUACCACAAACACCAUGAUGCUGGAGAUGGUGACUGAUGGAGAGACGCAGACAAGAGGGUUUGUGGCCUAUUUUAGUGGAACCAAACCCUAUGGAGAUGACCAACAGUUCUGUGGGGGAAAGAUGACAAAAGCCCAGGGAGAGAUCAUGACGCCCAACUGGCCUGACAAGAAAUACCCACCAGGAGCAAGCUGCUCCUGGCUUAUCACUGUGGAGCCCAAUAUGGUAAUCCAGGUGAAGUUCGACAAGUUCCUCUUGGAGGCUGACAGUUAUUGUCGGUUCGACUAUGUCGCAUUCUUUAAUGGUGGUGAGAAAGAUGAUUCACGUCUGAUCGGAAAAUACUGUGGCGAUGAAGCCCCGCAGCCCAUUGUUUCCACCAGCAACGUGCUACUGGUCCAGUUUGUGUCUGACCUCAGUGUGACAUCUGACGGGUUCUUUGCCCAAUACAACAGUUUCCCACUUGGUUCUGAGAUACCAGCAGUUGACACAUCUCGUACGACGUUUGUCCCCAGAAAACCUGUAGUCAGACCUGUCCCACGUGAGCGUCUUACCACCACUACACAACCACCUGUCACAACCACCAAAUAUGUGCCCACCGAGAAACCCAAACCAGUCAAGCCCCCAAGAGGCCGUGGACAGGGCAACACAAGUCCAGACGGGAGGGUGGUCGUCGCAAGGCCAAACGGAAAGAGGCCUGUCGCUCAAAAUCCUCUGUGUGCCAAAGCCUGUAAAAGAGCUGGAACCAUCAAGACCAGUUUCUGUGCCAGCGAAUUUGUGCUUACCGGGAAGGUCACCUCUCUGGCCCCUGGUCCCAGAGGCACUCUUAUUGUUAGCGUGUCCAUCAUUAAGACCUACAAGGCCGGUCGACUAACAAUCACACAAGUCGGAGAGACCAUGUCAGUCAAGCUGAUGUCACAGUGCAAGAAGUGCCCAGUGCUCCGCAAAGGUGUCAACUACAUUAUCAUGGGUCAAGUGGAUAGCGACGGACGUGGUACCCUGGAACCUGGUUCAUUCACAGCUGCAUACAAAGCCCCACAUCACAGAUUAUUAAUGAAUAUCAACAACCAACCCUGUUAAACUCACAUCUGUCCAGACCUGGAAAUUCAGAUGUCAUGUCAGACAAACAAAUCCACACAUCCCAAUGUGAAACACAGGUCUAUUAAAAGCACAAUAUUACAGAAUAUUGAAACGUAAUGUCAGUUUUCUACACCAAUUUAAAGGAAUACAAAUUUAUUCAAACACAUGCCAAACCUUACGUUUGUAAUUUAUAUAUGAAUAAAGGGUUUUAUAUCUCUUUCAAA